AUCAUCCACUGAUAAAAAUUGAAAACAAAUCCUCUUCAAAAUCAAAAUAGCGUCAUUUUCAAAAACCCUUGAAAAAUAUUCUAAAAUGUGCUGAACUCAGCUGAAGUUAGCUUCGCUUAGUACCGCCAGAUCUUCGCGAUCAAUCCGCACCAACGAUGCCAUCAUGCUGUUCGUUUUCACCAAAUCUGCGCGAAUUUGAGCCAUGAAACCAGACCAACAAACCUCCGAUCUCGAGCGACAAGUAAUCCUGCUCGCAUUACGCUCCAGAUUAGCCAUACUAGUAUUACAAUUCAUCUUUAACUUGAUCAUUCCUGACCAUCAAAGCGAUGCGUUCGUGUCUCCAUUCACUAGCUUACCAAAAACCUCCCUAGACACCGGUGUAGAUUGGCUGCUGGGAGGAUUACUACGAUGGGAUGCUCAGUACCAUUUACACGUUUCAAUCUACGGUUACGUGUAUGAAAACUCACUAGCGUUCUUCCCAGGAUUCGCCGUUUGCAUUAAGUUAAUCGGUAGCAUCGUCGAAUACGCUUUGUUCCCUUUGAACAUCGUAUCCGUUCAUUUGAUCUCAGCUCUACUCUUCAAUCUAGUCUGUUUCACUCUAGCAGCCAAAGCACUGUACAGAUUAUCUGUAAGGAAAUUACAAGAUGCAAAUUUGGCCUUCUUGGCAUGUACUUUAUUCUGCAUAAAUCCUGCUAGUAUAUUUUUCACUGCACCGUACUCUGAAUCAUUAUUCUCAUUGCUGACAUUCACCGCAAUGUUAGCAGAAGAUGGUACUUGGAAACAAUACUUCGUGAUCAGUCUUUCAGCUAUUGUACGUUCAAACGGUGUGACAAAUUUAGGAUUCCCUGCAUAUGGACAGCUCAAGAAACACGCUUAUAUGCCAAAGAGUAUUCUGAACUGGAUCUCAUUCCUGGUACAGCUCGCUGUGAUCGUCGUUUCAACCAUGUCUUUAUUCUUCCUUUACCAGAUGUACAGUUACAUCAGAUUCUGCACAAACUAUCCGUACAAACACUCGCCUGAGGUGAUUGAAACAGCUCUGGCUAAAUCCUACGUUCUAGCUGGUCAAGGUACGAGUGGAAUGUGCAAUCAGACCCACGUAAUACCUUAUUUUUAUAUCCAGAAUCACUACUGGAACGUUGGGUUCUUGGAGUACUUCCAGUUAAAACAGAUACCAAACUUUGCUUUGGCCUUUCCCAUCAUACAUUACGUCAGUACCGAAUGUAUCUCGUAUUUUAAACGAAAUACAGACCUGACUAAAUCAUUAGGUUUGAGUCGAGUACACCAGAAUACGAGAAUGGCUUUGAUAUACGAAUACAUCGUUCAUCUCAGCGUUCUACUUGUAAUCUGCCUGUUCUUUGUGCAUAUCCAGGUAGCUACUCGAAUCCUGUGUUCAUCUAGUCCAGCGUUGUACUGGUUAUGGGCGAUGAUCAUUUAUUCCAAGGAGAAAAAGACUGUAUUUAGUCUGAGCGAUGUUCCGCACAUGACUACUGUUAGUUUUACUAUAUUUUCUUAUUGUUUGAUAUAUUGCGUACUGGGUACGAUUUUAUUCAGUAAUCAUUAUCCUUGGACUUGAGUUCAAGUUUGUAAGAUAUAAGAUUACUUUCCUAUUAAUAAUAAACUCUUUUAUAAAUUUAUAAAACGUAUUUAAUUUAACAAAUUUCCUGUACAUUGUAACAAACAAAAAAAGAAAAGGAGAGAAAUUGGAAACCAAUAACGACGAUGAUAAGAUAAUUUACAAAAUUGUUUACAAAAAAAAAACAUAUGUACUACGCAAACCAACUGGAAUAAAUAAUAAAGGUCACUGAUACUCGGAUGAAGGAUUUCUCUUCUGGUCGUUAAUGAAUUAUUGUAUCAAACAAUUGGAAAUAAAAGGGGGAAUAAGAGGGGGGUAAACAAUGAUAAAAUCAAAACACAAUAGCAUAUCGAUGGUGUUGUGGAUAAAAGGCCAAACUGAGUUUCCAACUUGCAUUCUAAACUCGAAAGUGUCAUAUCAUCGUUCGAGAGUGGACAGAUUGGC